CAGCAUUCGCGGAAAUUUUUGAAAUCCAACCGAAGUAUCGACGGAAGAGUAUAUUAAUAUAGUGAAGUACAUAUAUCCCAGUGUAGCGUACAGUAUAUAUAAUAUAUAACCCUAUACAAGGUAUUUAUCGUAUACAUAUGGUAUGCUGAAAUAUAUUUUUGGAGCAUUCAUUGUAACCCCAGAAUCGUCGUCCAGCUACAGUUUAUAUCGGAGGGGUGUUUAUAAAGGUCAAAAUGAGUCGGCGACCCAGCAGCAGAUACAGUGAGAUGCCCAUGCGUGUGACAGAUCACAGGAUGAGUCUUGUCAACGCCACCCCUCAAAAUAAGGAUAAUGUCUUUGGAAAGCUGAACAUACCAAAACCUCAGUCUACCACAUCUGAGAGAAGAACAAGUUUUUUUGGAAAAGGCAUCGGUCCGGGUGGCCAGAGGAACAGCAUGUUUGGGUCUUAUGGGGGCCCAGAGAAGAUGAAGGAUCCAAGACCCCUACAUGACAAAGCUUUUGUCCAACAGUGUAUCAAGCAGCUUUGUGAAUUCCUGGUGGAGCAAGGCUUUCCAGGCAGCAUCACCGUGAAGUCUCUCCAGUCUCCAUCCACAAAAGAGUUUUUAAAGAUAUACGAAUUCAUCUACACUUUACUGGAACCAUCCUUUCAGAUGCCCACUGCCAAAGUGGAGGAGGAGAUCCCAAGAAUGCUCAAAGAUCUGGGAUACCCAUUUGCACUCUCAAAAAGCUCCAUGUAUUCCAUUGGUGCUCCUCACACCUGGCCUCAGGCUCUUGGAGCUCUUAUCUGGCUUAUCGACACUGUCAAGCUCUUCAGUGGUCUGAGAGAGCAGGGACUUCUGUUCUCUGACUUCUUAGAAGAACAAGGUGAUCUAGAAGAAGGGGCAGAGUACAACAAGCUCUUGAUGGAGUACUGCUCUGACACCUACAACAAGUUCAUGCAGGGAGCAGAUACAUUUGACGAUGAGGAUGACGACUAUCUUAAUAAACUGAAGAAGCUGUACAACGUGGAUGAGGCGCUGUUACAGUCCCAGCAGGAUAAACAUGCAAUGCUGAUGGAGCAUGUGGAGAGACUUGAAAGAGAAAGCCAAACUGAUCGUUUAGUAGGGAAAAGGACAGAGAAACUCCGAUUACAGGCCGAUCUGCAGAAGCUGCAGAACUAUCGCUGUACUCUGGAGGCUCAUAAAACUGGACUGGAGAAUAAAGCUGCUGGACUAGCUGAGGAGCUCGAGGCUGCAGAGAUGCAGCUGGAGGGUCUGAAGCAGGAGAGGACGAGGCUGCAGCACAUUCUGGAGAAUCAAAAGUUCACUCCAGCUGAUAUUGAGCGUAUUAACAGAGAGAGGAAUGAACUACAGCAGACCGUUCAAAUCCUAAACCAGAGUCUAGAGGAGGCAGAGCAGCUGGUGUGGAACGAGGAGGUCAACCUGUCCAAAACCAAAGAGAAGGCGGAGUUGAAGGUUGCUGAGUUUAAUAAACUGGGUCGUAAACUGAAGCUCAUCCCGCAAUCAGCAGAGAAUGCCUGCGGUCAUGACUUUGAGAUCAGAACAGAUUACAGCGCCACAAGCAUCACACAGUACAAAACACAGAUACAGAACCCUCUGAAGAACAUGAUGGUAGAUGUGGAGGAUGAAUGCAGCAGACUCACAAAUGUGAAGCUGAGUUUGGAAGAGACUGUUGAACAGGUGAAGUCCAACAUCUUUGAUAAGGAGAAUGACAUCAAGCAUCUAAAGGAACAGAUUCGCAGAGUCGACCAACAGCUUGAGCAUGACAUGCAGGAAAUGGCACAAGAGGAGGAUAAGUGGGCAGCUGAGGUGGACUCUGCUGAAACUCACAAGAAGCGUUUGGAAAAAAACGUGACGCAGGGAUGCGAGGAAGCUGAGGAGGAACUCAAAGCUGCCCAACAACAGUAUCACGUGGUUGUGCAGGAGACGAAUGAGGAGAACCGCAUGGUGUCCAAGAAUCUGACUGAUGUCCUCAAUUCCGCAGCAAACCACCUGUGUGCAGUUGAAAAACACUGCAAUGAGCAGCUCAAAAGGUUUGGAAAGCUGAAGGAAGUCAUUCGUGAAGAUGACGCUGACAUGAAACAGUUAAUGGAUCUAGUGGAAAACUUUGUGAAGAAAGUGAACAGCGUUUAACACCUGAUAUUUUCGAUUUGUAAAUAGUUUUACUGUUAGACUUUCUUUUUUUUCUGAUGAUAUCAGAUUUUGCCAUGUAAUAAUAUCAGAGAAGACAUUGUCUUUGUCAUACUUUGUAUAUUUAUCCUGUAUUUACUUGUUUGUUUACUAAAAAUAAAUGUUUUUGGAAGUUGUA